AUGACGAGCAUUUGGCAACAAACGACUGUUGUUUUCCACAAGAAUUUCUCUAUUUAUUACCAAGAAAGAUAAUUCAGACAAGAGUUCUUCGUGGCUCUUCUUGUUUUCAUCAUCCUCCUCGUUGGAAGUAACAAUAUGCAGCAUAUCCCUACAAUAGAAGAGACAUCCAGUCCUGCACUGCUGUAAAUCGGGGCUGAGUUUAUACCAAUGACUCUUUUGAUAAGUUCGAGGUAUAUAGUCACAGCAAUGAUUUCAGAAAAAAGCGACAGAUAAAAAGAGAUUUAAAAAAUCAUGGGUCUCAAACAAUCAGCUUAUUAGUUAGGUUGGCUCCUCUUCAACCUUGCUCGAAUAUUGGCUGUCUCAAUAUUCUUUCUAGCUUUAGCUGUGCCUACAGGAUGUUUUGGACCCCAAGAAAUAGAAUACAAGAUUGAUUCCUAUCAAGUAAAGAUCCAAUUCUUUAAUCCUAUCCAAUAAAUUGGAAGUUAUCUGUUGUAUGCAAUAGGAUUGACAGCUUAGCAAUAUUUCUUAACAACAUUGUUUGAUCAACCAAAAAAUGGAGCUGAUGUAUCAAUGUUACUCAACAUUUUUGGAUCUCUUUGUUCAGCAUUACUCAGCAUCCCCUAUUUUUAAAAGUAAUUUGCAUAUUAAAACUCUAGGCAUUCUUGGAUAGUAAUUCUUUUCGGGAUUAUUUUUCCAUCAUUUUUGUUUGAUACUUAUCCUUACAAUUAAGUAUUAGGAACAAUUAAUAAAGGAAUUAAACCCCCUUUAGGAGUUGCUCUGUAUUUUGGAUUAUAAGGAGCUGAAAUAUUGUUUUAUGGAAUUUUGUAUUUAUAUUUGGAGUAAGUUCUGCCCAAUGAAUAUGGAACAAAUAAACAUCCCUUGUUCUUUAUUGGAAAAAAAUACCAAAUUUAAGGGGAGGAUGUUUCAAAUCAAUACGAACUAACCAAUAUGAAUAAACCUAUUAUUGGUACAAGGUAAUCUGAAAUAUAAGAAGACAAUAGUUCAGCUAUCUAUCAUGAAGUUUUUGAUAAUCCUAAAAUAAGUCCAAGAGCUAUAUCAAUAAAAAAUGUGAAGAAAAGCUUUAAUGAGCUUAUGGCUGUCAAUGGUGUUACACUCUAAAUAUAUGAUUCUUAGAUUCUCUGUUUAUUAGGUCAUAAUGGAGCUGGAAAGACCACUCUCAUUUCAAUAUUGACAGGUCUAAUAAAAAGAGAUAGUGGAGCCAUUACAUAUUAUGGGACUGACAAUGAUUUCGAUGUUAUUAGAAAUUAUUUGGGAUUUUGUCCUUAAAAAGAUGCUCUAUAUGAUAGUUUAAGUUGUGAUUAGCAUUUAUAAUAUUAUGGGAAAAUAAAGGGAAUAGAUGAGAAGGAACUUCAAAUGGAAAUAGAUUAGAUUAUUAAUAAAUGCGAUCUCUUAAACGAUAGAACCAAAUUAGUUAAGUAAUUGUCAGGAGGGACGAGAAGAAAAUUAAGUUUGGCCAUUUCGUUGAUUGGACAAUCCAAGGUUGUAUUUCUUGAUGAACCAACAUCAGGAAUGGAUCCAAUAUCAAGAUAGAAGAUUUGGGAAAUCUUAAUACAAGUAAAAAACGAAGGUAGAUGUCUGGUGCUGACAACUCAUCAUUUAGAUGAAGCUGAAGUCUUGUCAGAGAGAUUAGCCAUCAUGGCCAAGGGUAGGUUGCUAACAGUAGGAUCUGUCGAAUUUAUAAAGAUGAACUUUGGAAUUGGAUAUCAUUUGAGUUUGUAUGAUAAAACAAACAACCCAUAAAUGUGGAGUGAAAAAAGCAAGAAAAUUGUUAAUGUGGUUCAACAAUUCAUUCCUCAAGCAAAAUUGAAUAGUUAAACUUCUUCAGAUAGUAUGAUAUUUCAAGUGCCUUUCAAAUAGAAGGAUAAGUUCUUGCCAUUAUUUGAAUAACUCGAAAGAGAUCCUUGCAUUUAAGUUAAUCUGAUGAUGAAUACUUUGGAAGAAGCAUUUAUCAAUCUAUCGGAAUGGAUGAAGAAUCCUUCCUUGAUAAAGCAUCAGGGAAACAAGUUACAAAUGAAGAUUCAAAAAUUAACAUUGACAUAACAGAUGAAUUCAACAAAAUCAUACCUCCUGAAUGUUUGA